AUGAAGAGGUCAAAAGGGGAAGAAGCGAUGGGCCUUUGCGGUUUAAGACACAAAAGAAGAAUCGGCCCAGAAACAGGAGUCCGGUUUCGGUGCGUGUCGAAGGAAUGGUCUUCGAUUCUCCGCCGUCGAGAUUUCACUGAUUUGCACCUGAAAAUUUCUUUGGCUCGUCGCUCUCUCUUGUUCACCUUCAAACUCAACGGUAAGCUGCUCUUCUUUUCGGCACCGCAGCCUCUAAACCCAGACCAGGUCCCAUAUCCUUUAGUUGCUGAUCGUUACAUGAGUUUCGACACCGGAGGUUGUUAUUCUUUUAAUAUUUCUCAACCUGUCCCUAGCUUGCUAUGUAGUGGAGAUGCCAAUCCAAUGGUUCUUAACCCUAGCACAGGGUAUUACGUAACUUUUCCCAAAGUGAGGUCGACAUUUACGGGCAAGAAAUUUUUGGGAUAUGAUCCUAUAGACAAACUAUUACGAGGUGUUGACGUUAGGAAAAGAAGAACCAUCAUGGAGAAGACUGAUCAAAGGUCCCGUAACUCCCAGUUACGUUGUACCAGAUGGGAUAUGCAUCGAUGGUCUGAGGACUUCAAGAUUGUGACUAGGGGCAAUAUGGUUACUUUGAAUACAGCUUUGAUUAAUCUCAAAGAUUUUUAUCAUAUGACGCGAGAGUGUAGACUCUGGAACUCAGCUUCUUAG